CUGGCACAAAAUGGCUGGUAGUUCAGACAGAGAAGUACGAUCGCGACAACAUAAACACGUACCGAUUGAGGAAACAGAGAUUACGGAUGAAGAAAGAGAAGUUCUCAAGGAUUGUUCAAGGAACAGUAUUCUCUACAGAGGUCUUCCUCUUGGUGUUGCAUCAACAGUUGUUCUAAGGGAAUUGUUAAUAAGAACUGGUUGGAUAAACAAGCUGCAAAAUUUCAAGGGUUUGAUGUACACAGGAAUGUUUGCUCUUACUUUUUAUUCUGGUGUACAGUCUUAUGGUAAAACAUGCAUUGCAAAGAUAAUGGCAUUACCAGAUACUUCCCAUCUUAAGCAGGCAGUAAUGAAGAACCUGCCAGAAAGUGCUGGAAAGACUAACUUUUAUGAAGACAAUCUGAAUUUUCAAGGGAACCAAAGGGAAGAAGAACCCUCCAUGGACAUGCAAUUUCCCCUUUCUAGGAACACUGCUACUCCUAACAACCGGUCGAGUGAAGAUGACCGUAAAGCACCCAACCUCUAUUUUGAUGUUGAUGAAGCAAAAGAGAAGAAGUAUGCAACCUAUGAAGAUUUGAGAAAGAAACAUAGAGAGAGAUGGAAUCCUCCUAACCUGUCUUCUUCAAGUCAGACAAGGAAGGAGCAGAUAAGACAGCAACCUCGAGAGGCUGAUCAGGAUAACAAGACAAGUUCAAAUGAUGUUUUUACGUCCUGGUUUGACCGAGAGGAGGGCGACGAUGACCGCAGCAGCCAGGAAACUGGACAGAGGACCAGUAAUCAACGGGAGAGGCCUUCAUAUAGACAAGGGCCAACACCCAGGAAGAACAAAUAUGGUGACCUGAUCGAAUGAAUCGCUGUAGGAAGAAUUCCUUUUCGCGACACUUUUCCUCCAUUUACAGUUUUUGAAAUUUUUUUCGAAGACCUCUUCCUACGUUACGUGUAAGCUAAGUGAUUAUGAAUAAAGAAGAUUGCAGCUUGGUCCAA